AUGUCUGGUCAACUGAAACAGUUUGAUGCUUAUGCCAAAACCUUAGAUGAUUUCCGUGUUCGAACAACCAGUGGUGGCUUAGUUACAAUUGUGAGCACGUGCAUAAUAUUCAUUCUGUUUUUUUUUCAAUUGCAAUAUUACUUAACAAUCGAUGUUGAACAAAUUUUAUUUGUCGAUACUAGUAGACAAGAAAAAAUGAAUAUCACCAUGGAUAUUCGAUUUCCAGUUCUGCCAUGUAGUUAUUUGACAAUCGAUGCCAUGGAUAUCUCAGGCGAAUCGCAAACAGAUGUGAUACAUAACUUGUAUAAGACCAGAAUAUAUUUAAACGGAAGUAUUAUUUCCAAUGAUGUGGUGAAAGUAUCGCUUCAACCAUUACCCAAAGUGAAUGGAACACAGGGAGACACAACGACUGUUUCCAGUUGUGAAUCUUGCUAUGGAGCAGAAUCUGAGUCGAGAAAAUGUUGUCCAACAUGCGAUGAUGUCAAAGCAGCAUACCGAUUGAAAGGAUGGUCAUUUGAUGCAACUGGCGUGCAGCAAUGUAUUCGCGAAGGUCAAGCUAUUGGUAUGCUUGGUGCGAACGAAAGUCUGUCUGAUAUGAAAGAAGGUUGUCGCGUGCAUGGCCAUUUAGAGGUAAAUAAAGUUGCUGGUAAUUUUCAUAUCGCACCUGGUCAAUCGUUCCAACAGCAACAUCUUCAUAUUCAUUCAUUGCGAAAUAUACGUUUAAACAUGCUGAAUACAACGCAUUUUAUCGAUGAAAUAACAUUUGGGCAAUAUUUCCCGAAUCAAAUCAAUCCAUUGUCCAAGACAGAACAAAUUCCGAAAGAAGGUGCUGCACUGUUUCAUUACUAUGUGAAAAUCGUACCAUCGACGUAUGUCUUUUUGAAUAAAACUGAAUUACGAACAAACCAAUACUCCGUAACAAAACAUCGCAAAGUUAUCCGAAAUAUUGUCGAAGGAAAUUCACAUGAACUACCUGGAACAUUCUUCACAUACGAAAUCAGUGCGAUUAUGGUGAAAUUCGUCGAAAAGCAACGAUCAUUGGCUCAAUUUUUAACUUCAUCCUGUGCAAUUAUUGGCGGCGUCUUCACGGUAUCUGGUCUAAUCGAUGCAUUUAUCUAUCGUGGCGGCUGUUUAUUUCGCAAGAAACUCGAGAUAGGCAAAGCAACAUAA